UCCAAAGCUCUACUGCCAAAAGACUAGUUGCAGGAUUACUCGGGGUCGAAUCAGGUCAAGACGCUGUUCUAACAGAAUUACAUUAUGAGCGAGGAAGAGGGAAGGUAGAACCAUACGGGAUUACAGUAGCAGAGUUAACAAACCGAAUAUCAAAGCUGAGGAACAAACUGGGACGCCAUGGAAUCAAAGAUAAAGGACUUAAUGUGAAUCGAAAGUAGGUGCUGAAGGGAGGAUAAGGGGAAAUGUACUUGCAGGGGACAAGUACUCGAUGGCCUACGACAGAACGCUGAAGGAAAUAUUAGGAAUACUGUAUGGAAGUGGAAAAGAGAAUAAACCUGGUGGAUUUUAUCCAAAGGGAGCGGAAAGACGGAUAGCAAAAUCAUAUCUUAGGCAUGGGGACUAGCUAUUUAGAAAAAUAAAAAAUUAUUGCUUACUUCCUGUAAAGUAAGUAAAAAUAAGUGAGUUAUAAAGUGGGUACUAAUAGUGAUGUUGGGAUAUUAUAUUUUUGUUUAAAUAUUAAUUUAUCUUAUGAAUCGUAUCAUUAGAUCAUAUCAUAUUAUACUAAAAGUGGAAAGAUCCUACCCUAAUGUUGUAUCUCGUGUUUUUGCCCCUGUUGUAAAACAAAAUAUUAUUAAACAUCUGAUUAAAUUAACAUAUUAAAUAUAUGUAGACUAAAAUAAAUAAACAAAACCAUUCAUUGAGCAGAUGAAUUUGUUUUACCAAACAAUAAUUAUUGUAGCUUACACUUUUAUAAUUUAUUUAAUUAAAUUAGUAUCAA